AGUGCCCCGGUUGCCUUAAGUAACUUCCCCGACUUGUCACAGCAUAAUAACUGGAUGGCAAAGUGUCUGACACCGGAGAUUUACCACAAACUUUGCGAUAAGGAGACGCCUAAUGGAUAUACACUCGACAUGGCCAUACAGACUGGGGUGGAUAAUCCAGGGCACCCUUUUAUCAUGACAGUAGGGUGCGUGGCAGGAGAUGAGGAAUCGUAUUCGGUUUUUGCGGACUUUUUUGAUCUAGUAAUCGAGGCCCGCCAUGCUGGCUACAAGAAAACUGAUCGUCAUAAAACUGAUUUAAAUCCUGCGAAUCUGAUUGGCGGGGAACUAGACGAGAAGUACGUGUUAUCUUCGCGCGUGCGCACGGGACGAAGUAUUAAAAACUUGAGCUUGCCACCGUUUUGCUCGCGCGCUGAACGCCGAAAAGUUGAAUUCCUUGUCACUGAGGCCUUAGACUCUCUAGAUGGCGAGUUUAAAGGCAAGUAUUACCCGCUGGCGAAAAUGAGCGAGAACGAACAAGAACAACUUAUUGAAGAUCAUUUUCUAUUCGACAAGCCCGUCUCCCCGCUUCUGUUAGCGGCCCGUAUGGCGCGGGAUUGGCCCGAUGCCCGCGGGAUCUGGCAUAAUGACAAGAAGAACUUUCUUGUGUGGGUGAACGAAGAGGAUCACACUCGAGUGAUCUCAAUGGAAAAAGGCGGGAAUAUGAAGGCCGUGUUUGAGCGGUUCUGCACGGGACUCAACAAAGUUGAAGCUGCCAUCAAAGCAAAGGGGUAUGGCUUCAUGUGGAAUGAACACUUGGGAUACAUCCUGACGUGUCCGUCCAACCUUGGAACAGGUAAAAAUUAAAUUUGUAUCUUCUUCCAUUCUAGCUAACCGCUUUUCAAAAAGACAUAUUAGACUCAUAAGUGAACCAACGUGCAGAUGUUACCAGGAAAGAUGAGUAUUAGACUACGAUCAGUCUCUCUUUUUCGUCAGAUUUAGUGAGGGGAGUGCAGGUGCGCCACCGCGAGACACGAGAAACGAGAGCGACAGCCCGCAAGAAUAAAAAAGAGCCUCUCCCGCUUUCAGUCACGCCCGUGGUCAUGUUCUUGUCUCGCGCGUUUCGGUCGACGGACUAAGAAAAAAGAGAGACUGCUCGUGGUCUAGUUGAGUAUUUAAUCUUUGCAGACUAUAGCAUCACGGCUCAACAGACUGAAGGCCAACAACAUUACGAAUUCGUGGAGUUAAUUACCAUCAACUGACGGUCCUGAAGAUACAGAUCUCAGUUUGACUCUGAAGAUAACUAUCGCACAGGCCGGGUUGUCUAAACGUUAGUCACUGUCAACAACAGUCCUUCAGGACUAUACACUCACCAGGACGAUCAUGUUCCACCUACUAGUAACCUGAAUUUUUAGAAGGUCAAAUCAUAGUAGUUAGUUUGUCAUUUUCGCUAAGGUUCACCUAGUUUCUGCAAUUUAUAUCUCAGGUCUUAGAGGCGGGGUUCAUCUGAAAAUCCCCUUAGUCAGCCAACAGAAAGAGUUUUCUCACAUUCUGGAGAUACUCCGUCUUCAGAAACGAGGUGUAGGCGGAGUAGAUACUGAGGCUGUUGGGGGUACCUAUGACAUUUCCAACUCAGACAGACUAGGGUCAUCUGAAGUGGAGCAGCUUCAAAGAGUGGUGGACGGUGUUAAGCUGUUGAUUGCAAUGGAGAAAUGCCUCGAAGCGGGAAAACCAAUCACAGAGCUUUAUCAGAAGUUAGUGUCCGGGACCUCCGCGCGUGAGAUUGCCGAGCCUGCGGAAAAGGGAACUGAAGAUAUAACUGGGGAACCCGAGAGUAACUUUCCUGAUCUUUCUCAGCACAAUAGCUGGAUGUCUAGGUGCCUUACCAAAGAGAUUUACGACAGACUGAGCUCGCGCAAGACACCAUCAGGGUACACUUUAGAUAAAGUCAUUCAAACUGGAGUGGACAACCCAGGACACCCCUUUAUUAUGACAGUUGGCUGUGUGGCUGGUGAUGAGGUAACGCAGACUCGAAAGUUAGACCCACCUUCUAGUAAACAGCACCAUAGAAAAGCACCUCUCAGUAGCUUUCACUUGACAAGUCACACUUAAAUAAUUCACCAACGAAUUUAAAUGAGAAUUUCCUUGUGCAGCAUAAUAAACAGUACCACAGGGAAGUACUGCUCAGUAGCUUUGAUUUGAAUGGUCACACUUUAGGAUUUCAUUCACAGACUCAAAAGUUAGAAUCACCUUGUACAGCAUAAUAAACAGUACCACAGGAAAGUACUGCUCAGUAGCUUUCAUUUGAAUGGUCACACUAUAUUCCUCCACAGAUUCCUCCUCGUAUAGCACAAUGAGCAGGAGCUCAAAGAGUGCGAGACCAAAACGAUAGAGGCCGUUACUUAGAUAAGAACUCACAUUCAUGAAUAAAUUCCGCACUAAAAUGAACUUUUCUCUUAUAUCUUAGGAAUCGUAUGAUGUGUUUGCUGACCUGUUGGAUCCAGUUAUCGAGGCGCGCCAUAAUGGUUACGGUAAAGACGCAUGUCAUAAGACUGAUUUGAAUCCAGAAAACCUCGUCGGCGGAGACGACCUGGACCCCGAUUUUGUGCUCUCUAGCCGCGUAAGGACUGGGCGAAGCAUCCGGGGACUAGCACUGCCACCGUAUUGCACUCGCGCUGAACGCCGGGAAGUCGAGAAAGUUGUGGUGGAAGCUUUGGACACGCUGACUGGGAAUUUGCAGGGGAAAUAUUACCCCUUGAACAAGAUGACUGCACAGGAACAAGAUCAGCUAAUUGACGACCAUUUCCUGUUUGAUAAACCUGUUUCGCCACUGUUGCUGUCAGCCGGGAUGGCACGGGACUGGCCCGAUGCCCGCGGGAUCUGGCAUAACUCGGAAAAGACUGUGCUUGUCUGGGUGAACGAGGAAGAUCACACGCGAGUUAUCUCCAUGCAGAAAGGGGGUAAUAUGAAAGAGGUAUUCACUCGCUUUUGUCAGAGCCUCCAGCAAAUCGAAGACGCCAUGAAGAAGGAGGGGAAAGAAUUCAUGUGGAACGAACAUCUUGGGUUUAUCCUCACCUGCCCCUCCAACCUCGGGACGGGACUACGCGCGGGUGUGCACGUGAAAUUGCCUUUAUUAGCCAAAGAUGCCCGGUUUGAUGACGUGUUAAAAGCAUUACGACUUCAAAAGCGUGGCACGGGAGGCGUGGAUACGGCGUCUACUGAUGGAACGUUUGAUGUGUCAAAUCUUGACCGUUUGGGGUUCUCUGAAGUCGAACUUGUUCAAAAAGUUGUGGACGGUGUGAAGUUGCUUGUUGAAAUGGAAAAACGACUUAUGAAAGGAGAGUCCAUCGACGAUUUGUUGCCUAAAUAA